GCCCCCCUUUUCUGCUGAGCUAAGCUGAAGAUUUCCGGUCAACAAGUUCAAGAGGUUGUAAGAUGUCUUUGACUGAGCGCGAGAAGACUGCAGAGAAGGCUCUGAGGAGGCUAACUCCCUCCCUCAUGAAGGGCCUCAGCCCGGAUAUACGCCAUGAGCUGUACGGGAGAGACAUGCUGACUUGGAAUGAAAAGGAAAGGAUAGAAACUUCGGCAAAGAAGGGCACUAACUCUGAUGCUGUGGAGGAGGUGUUGACUGCCCUGAAGCGACGUGGACCUGAUGGUCUCGAUGCUCUAAUAGCUAGUCUCAAGGCAGAUGGUGAUGUGCAUCAAAGCCUCAUCGUUAAGAUACGCGCUGAAUGGCCUGAGGAGGUACCGGUGAUGGCAGCUGGGGGACCCCCUCCCCCCACCCUACCCGGACAAGGUCCACUAGACUCCCCCACAACCCAUGCUCCUGUAGAUGCUACCAUGGAGAAGGAGUUCCUUGGCAACGGGGAGUGGCCAUUCAAACAAUCAUCCGUCCCCUCAGACCCCCCACAGAUACUACCUCCCCCAAUAGAGGGAGUUGAUUCUGCCCCUAAAACUGUCUAUAAGAUGAGCUCUAAGCCACGAGGAAUAGGCAUUGUCAUCAACAACAAGCACUUCACGUGUGGUAUGAAGGAUCGAGUGGGGACAGACCGAGAUGCUGAUGCCCUCACUAAACUGUUCAUUAAUCUCGGGUUCUACACCAAUCGUUAUGAUGACCUCCGCGGCAGGGACAUGAAGAAAAAGCUCCGGGAUGCGGCCGAUAUCAACCACAGUGAUUUCGACUGUCUAAUGGUGGCUGUUCUCUCUCACGGUAUCAACGGGAAAAUCUACAGUACAGAUGGCGACCUCCUUCCUGUCGAUGAGCUUACAUCGUAUUUUGAUGGUAACAACUGUCCCUCUCUCAUCGGCAAACCCAAGGUGUUCAUCAUUCAGGCGUGCCGUGGUGGCAAGUUUGAUUAUGGAGUGGAGUCAGAGACGACUGAUGGGCCUGGGAGCACAAAACCCUCAGAGGAUCAGAUGAAGGAGAUUGUGGAGAAACAGCACGAUCGUAUUGUUGACACGGCGAUGGGAGCGGACGAGACAGAUGGAGGCGGGUACAGUGGUGCCCUCCCUGCUGAGGCUGACUUCAUCCUAGCCUAUGCUACUGUCCCUGGCUACGUGUCGUGGAGAAACUCCGAGUAUGGCUCGUGGUUCAUCAAGGCUUUUGUGGACACUGUGCUGGAGCUGUCCUCUAAGGAGCACCUCCUGGAUAUACUCACAGAGGUCAACAGACGUGUGGCCGAGGAGUUCCAGUCCAAAGGUCGGAACAAGCAGAUACCCGCCCCCGUGUCCAUGCUCACACGCAAACUGUUCUUUAGGCCUGGCUCGUUUCGUUGACCUUUGAACUGUCUAGUUAUAUUACCGUAUAGUAGAUCACAUUGUUAUUGCUAGUUUAUUUUGUUUUAUAAAGCUAGCUGGCCAUAAUAAAUUAUGCUUUUGGCAAUAUUAUAAUAAUUAUUGUUGUUCUCAUG